CUCUUUGUUUACAAAUUGCGUCGUCCACGUUUUUCUUUUCUAAUAAUUAGAAUAAACACGAACACAAAAUGGCUCAGGGCAAAAUGAAAGUCAAAAGCAAGGUGCCAUCAGGUGCCAAAUCUAAGGUGAAAAAGGCUAAAGGUAAAGCUGUGACGAAGCGAAUUAAUGCGCCAGUGAAAAGCAAAACCAAAGCGCAGGCUGUUGAACGUAACAAGAUGAAGGCUACAGUGACGAAAAUGGUGAACGCAGCAGCAGAACAGCAACUUAGGGCUUUAGCGAAAGAUACUCCACAGCUUUCCGAGGCUCAAAAGCGAGUGGCCAGCGCACCCACAGCACCUGCACCCGCGAAGUGAUAUAACCUCAAAUAACAGGCGCUACAAGAUGUAUGUAGACGAACCUGUGCCUUUGUUGUUAGUUGUUAAGUUUGAACUCUAUGAAUAUAACUACGCUACACUGCGCCACAGUUUAUAAAAGAGUUUUCGUGCAUGCAUCAUCUAGACAGCAUAGUUAUAUGCUAUUGGGGCAAAGAAAGAACCCCAGGCUCCGUAGGUAAGGGUACUUUACUCUACCCAUAAUUACUCCACAAUUAAUCUAAAAAGCUUUGUUAGUCCUCUGUGACAAUCGUAACUAUUGUGAUGACUGUGACAAGGAUUCUUUAUUUGAAAAUUGAAUCCUACAGCGAUGGAACUGUAGUCCAUUUUUUCUAACCUGUUUUGCCUACCAAUGAUCUUUUUAUUAAUUUUAAGUGUAAUGUAUGCUUAAAAAACAGAUAAAAUAUCCAAGUAUUUAAAACCAAACAAAAUCUAAGGGGUAUUCUAUAAAAGUAUUUUUUUAACAAUUUAACAUACUUUGAAUAUUAAAAUUUGAUUAAACACAUAAUUUCAUAUAUAAGACUUAGAAUUUUUGGAAGCACAGUGUGGUAUAUGCAUGCUAAAGUGCAUUUCAACUUUUUAUUUAGUAGAAAAUCAUCUAGUUUAUGUGUCAAGUAUAAACCAAACUGUUGUUAAAACAUAUAAAAAAAUCAAUUCACUACCCCUUAAUAUAGUUUUAAUUCAGCCAGAUUUAAAGAAACCAAUGCAUAGUAUAUAAUUAAUUAAAUGGAGACAAAGUUGAUUCUUAUUUAAGAACAUCCACUGUUCAUGUCCAAAAUUUUGGAGAAGCAUGGGUCCUAUGGGAAUGGGAGCAUGGGUUUCGGAGAGGCAUGGUGGAUUGUUGAACCAAGUAUAUAGUGUUUGGAGUAGGUAUGGUAUAUCUAUUAGAGGUCUUUUCACCCUGUAUUAUAUUCCUUUUAUAUAUGUUAUGAUAAAACUCUGUGUAACAAAUUCACAAUAUUGGAAGAUAUAAUGCUAAUUUUAAGUAUUAAAUGUUGUAAUUAUAGUUUUUA